GGCACCCCCUCCGCCUCCUGCCUCUCCCGCCGCGUGGGUGCCAUGGCAACCGAGAGAGCCGGGAGACCUAGGUUCCGGAAGCCGAAGAGCUGGAGCUCUGAAGCCACCCUGAUCAAAGGAUGCUGAGUCCGGAGCGCCUAGCCCUACCGGAUUACGAGUAUCUGGCCCAGCGACAUGUCCUCACAUACGUGGAGGAUGCAGUCUGCCAGCUGCUAGAAAACAAGGAAGAUAUUAGCCAAUAUGGCAUUGCCAGAUUCUUCACAGAAUAUUUUAACAGUGUAUGUCAGGGAACUCAUAUUCUUUUCCGGGAAUUCAGCUUCAUUCAAGCCACCCCUCACAACAGGGCAUCGUUCCUACGGGCCUUCUGGAGAUGCUUCCGAACUGUAGGCAAAAAUGGUGAUUUGCUGACCAUGAGGGAAUAUCACUGCUUGCUGCAAUUACUGUGCCCGGAUUUCCCCCUGGAGCUCACUCAGAAGGCCGCCAGGAUCGUGCUCAUGGACGAUGCCAUGGACUGCUUGAUGUCUUUCUCAGACUUCCUUUUUGCCUUCCAGAUCCAGUUUUACUACUCAGAGUUCCUGGAGAGCGUGGCUGCCAUCUACCAGGACCUGCUGUCGGGCAAGAACCCCAACACGGUGAUCGUGCCCACGUCGUCCAGCGGGCAGCACCGCCAGCGGCCUUCCGCGGGCGAGGCGGGCACGCUGGAGGGCGUGGAGGCCGCGCUGUUCUACCAGUGCCUGGAGAACCUGUGUGACCGGCACAAGUACAGGAGCCUUGCCCGACAAAGGGGACCUGAUGCACGACCCAGCCAUGGACGAGGAACUGGAGCGGCUGGUGCUGAGGUGGAGGCCGCACCGGAGCUCGCGGCAGCACAGGGCCAAGGAGCCAGGGGCCUUUGGCUGUCAGAGGAGAGACAAGCUGGAGGCCCCGCAGACAGUGCCCCCCGCUUCGGCACCAACGCCCUGCCUGUGUCAGUGGGAGCCCAGAGAGUGAGGCCAGGGGCCUGCGCGGGCAGGGGGGCAGGAUCCAGAGAGGACGCUCCUCCACUCAGACCACCAGAGGCCCAGGGCCCCGUCGGGGCUUUAUUCAACACCACUUUGUUUCAAUACAAACAGUCCAGAAAGAAGUCACGUCCCUUUGGGGGAGGGGUGCUGGGAACAGUGGACUGCGGUGCUCGGGAGCCCAGCCCCCGUCACAGGUGGGGGGCCCAGGCUGCUGGCGGCAGGGGCAGGUGGCACCAAGGAUGGCACAGUGCGUGGCCCGCGGCCGAGACCUGCCACUCCAUAGGUGCCGCGAGCUCUCCGUGGGCGUGCUGCCCAGGGUCCCGAGGCCAGGAUGGUGCAAAGGAAAGCCGCUUCCAUCCCGCACAUCCUCUGCUUCCUCGGCCAGCACUACGCUCACAGCAUCCAGAGCGGAGCUCCGGGCAGAGCAGACCCACCACGGCCACCAAGCAGGGGAAGAAGGGACAGAGUCUCCAAGGGACCGCAGUCCACCACGGAUGGCACGGGAGGACUCGCACACACCCAGGAGCAGGAGGAGUCCUCCGAGCGAUCGCUGCAGAAAGGGUCAGCAAGACAGAAGGUCCCUCGGGCCUCUAGUCCAAUCCCAAAUGAAAGCUUUAGGCACCAGGUCCAGCUUCUAGCCCUUAGCAAGGCCCGGGCAGAGGCCCUUCCCGCGCCCUGCCCUCUCGGUGCCGGAAGAGGCCACAGGAGCAGCAGCAGCACGUCCACAGCCUCCCUGGGGGCUGAUCCACAGCAGAACUCUUUCCAGACCUCCCUGCUGUUCCAGAGCCGGGGACCGACUACAUGGAAGGAUCCUAGAGCUGGCAAAACAGCCUCACACUUGUCCCUCUCCCUCCUCAGGGAAGGCCUGGAGCCAGAGUAAGCCAUCCUGAGGGAAUGCCCUCCCCCAGGGUGGCAGGCCAAGUGAGCAGCAGCGUGGGGGCAGGACUGCUGAGUGGAGCACACGGGGGGUGUGCAGGGAGGGGAGUGAGGGACCCGGUCUCCAGGCGGAGGUCAGGGCUGCUCCUGCCCCUUCCUCACCCGAGCUCCUCACAGGCCACCCCACUCACACCACAGGCAUAAAGUAACAAUUCCUCCCCAGUUUCCACAAGGCAAGCACCCCAGGCUGAGGAAUCAUGAGGUUUCUGCUACUGCCACCACCGAAAGUCUGAGAUACGGAGCCUGGGUCAGUAAGAACCAUAGCGAUCCUGGGGAUGAUGGAAAGAAAAAAAACAAGUCAGAGUCUCUAACCUACAGCAGCUUCCCAGCGAGGAGGGAAGCUUCCCAGCAGCUUCCCAGCGAGCAGCUUCCCCCAA